CAUGCAUUUGCCCUACGGCAUGAAUUAAAUGAACACCAAAUAUUUCCCUCUGCCAACAAUCAGUAAGAGACUGCAGUGCUUGUCAAAGGAUUUCUUUUAAGUAUAUUGUGCAACCAAUCAGAUUACAGAAGUGUCCAAGCAAAAAGUGAUAUAAGCGACCAGAAGCUGAUCUGAACAUCUAAUAAACCUACAAGUCUGCUUGGAGCUAGUAUUUGUCCUUUUUCACACUGAUACCAAUGUCACGAUUAGCACAUUAUCUCCUUCUCUCUACUGGCUUGUUUCAGCUACAGAAGGGUGUGAAUUGCAAGGAGGAGCUAAACACUGACUCUGUAAUUAAACGGCAGGACGUAGUCAAGCUGAAAUGUGCGCAUCCUCAGACAAGCAAUUUGAUCCAGUUGUCCUGGCACAAGACUGUAAAUGGCAAGAAGCAGAAAAUUGCUACCUAUCAUCCUGACCAUGGAGAGUACAUCUUUCCUUCAUAUAACAGAACUGUUAAAUUUCUGUCAUCUUCCAUCAAUGGAGAUAUUACAAUGAAUGCAUCAGCAGCAGAUGAGGGCAUUUAUCUAUGUUGCAUUGACACUUUUCCUGAGGGGAAAUUACAGAAGACAAUUGAAGUAAUAAACCCAGCAAAUUUUUCCAGCAGUCGAGCAGCAGAUACCUACGUGACAUUGGUCCCAGAGAGCAAUAUGACCUUAUUCUGUGAAUAUCCAAGUGGGAGGCGUGUUCGACAGGUGAUGUGGGAAAAAGUGUCCGAAGAAGAAAUAAACACAAUAGUAAUCUUCAAACCUCCAUCAGUAUUCAUUGGCUAUGACUACAAGGAAAGAAUCCAGUUUAAUGAGCUUACAAACAACAGUCUGAUCAUACAGAAUAUGAUGUCAAUCGAUAUUGGAAGAUACUAUUGUGAAGUUAUCACAGAUAAUGGAAAAUGGACCAAAGUCUUUGAUAUUGGUAUGGAUAGAGGCAAUAAAAUGCUUCCAGUUAUCGGUGCGGUUGCUUUUGGGAUCCUUUUCUUGGUACUGAUUGUUGGCUGUGUGUGGAGGAGAAGUAAACAGAAGAAGGCUAAAAGAGUGUUAAAAAGCAAGAGCACCGAAAGAAAUCAGCAAAGAAGAGCCAACCAAAACAGCUAUGCCUUUGGUACCACCUCUGACCACAGAAGUUGCAGAGCUGCAGAAAAUCAAGACACUUAUGUUAACCUGCCACAUCGUAUGCAGACAGGCAGACCAAGGACCUAUCAAUGAUGUCAUUAACAGAAUGCAGACCAACCUUCAUCAACCACGGGGGCUCUUUCUUUGUAUUUUUACAUCGUUCCGUAACAAAUUGCUCACUGUGAAGAGUGAGCAUUACUGUGAUUUUCUACACUUCGGGUUUUGGAAAUAUUUAGUCUGUCUUGAUUAUAAAUGUCUUUGACCAUUAUUUUUAACUGUUAAAAUUUGUUAUGGUUGACAGGAAAUAAAAGUGUUUGUUUCUAAGAAAGUAAACCAACCUAAUUCUUAAAAGAGUUCUAAGCAUAUUCAAGAUUUGGAUGUAAGGAUAAGUUUUUCCACUUUGUAACAUAUUUUGCUGUUAAGAUUACAUCCGUAUGUGUUUCUUUUAAAUGCCCAGAGAAACCAAGGCUCAUCAAUUUACUUCAGAAUAAAGUAGAGAUUUUAACGAAAUCAUCAUUCAAAAUUCAAGAUCAUCAUACUAUUGUUUUUCAUCAUAAAGGUUGUUUGUCCAAAAUGUGAGUUCUUAAUUUUACUUCUCUGUUUAAGAUGAGAGACUCAAAUAAGAGCUCUUUAAUGAACCAAUGGGCAAAGGACAGGAAGUGGAAUGAAAAUGUAAACAUGUGAGCUUUGUGUAAGAAAUAUCACGAUGAUAUUGCAGAAGAUGACAGUAGUGACUGAAUAAAUUGUUGCCAAAAUGGCUAAUGUAUUGAAAAAGCAGUCAUUAGGUGAAAGAAAGGCCCUUCGCCUUCUGAUCUGCUGAGUGUUUUUAAGAGGUUCUGGUUGUGUUGAACACUAGAGUGUUUGUUACUGCUUUUACUGGGCUUGGGGAAGCUGAAGAUACAGGAACAGAGAGGAAGGCGAUCUUUCGUGGAAGUUACUCUGGAUCUCAUAUUUAAUGAAGGAUAGAACUCAAAAGAUGCAAAGGAGAUACUGGAGUUAACUGGUAAAUGCAUGGAUUGGGAAAGAGAUAGACGAGACAGACAACUUUUAGAGGGGAAAGUAAUACAUGUUUCUGAUGGAUUGGAUAUGGGGAAGGAGACUAAACCUGAUGUGAAUUUUGAACUUAAUCUGAGUUAGAAGUAGUCAGCAAUGGUAGAUUGAUACUUAGUCGGAAGAAAAAUGGAUUUUUCAGAUAAGGCAAUCAAAUGAAGAAACCAAAAUAAACACAAAAGGUUCUGCAGAUGCUGGAAAUCCAGACUAAUGCACACACAAAAUGGUGGAAGAAGUCAGCAGGUAAGGCAGUUAAGGAAAAGAAUAAAGAGUUGACAUUUCUGGCUGAGACCAUUCAUCAGCUGAUUGCUCAGCAGAACAGUAAUGGCCAACAUACUCCAAGACAAGUACAGCCCAUUCUUACCAUCUACCCUGCUGCCCCCCCACUCCCCAUUGGGGAUCAUCAACCCUGUCCUUGAGACCUACCAACUGUGUGUGUUCCUUGACCUCUGGGAUCACUGGUCUUCAUCCUCAGUGCCUGCCAACCCAAUCUCCAUUCUCAGAGAUCACUGGAAUCCAACAUCCAGACCUGUUGACAUUAGGCCUCUGGACCGGCCCCACACUGACCUUUGACCCCAUGACUCACUGACAUCAGAGGUCAUUAGCCUUCAUCCUCGGGGCUUCAGGAGUAUUCUGUGUAUGAGAACACUUGGUGCAUAAAUGGAACGGUACGGACAAAAGGGAUUAGUUUAUUUGGCCAUUUGAUUUCUAAUUUAAUUGGUUUAGCUCAACAUUGCAGGGCCAAAGGUCUUGUUCCUGUGUUGUACUAUUCUAUGUUCCAUAUAAUAUACCUAUUUUAAAUGGGCAUGUCCAAAAAUAUGAUUUUAUUGCAUAUGUUCUUUAAGCUAUCCCACAUUCUAUAUAGUGCCUUUAUAUUUUUUUUAACUGGCAUUUAAAAUUCACAGUAGCUGAGGAGAGUGCUGCUGGCGCAGUAAUAUACAGAUGCUUGUUUUACUUUUAAGCAGCUUUAUUUGGCUUGCUUCCAAAACUUUGUUUAAUUGAAAUUAAUUUAAUUGGGUAAUGUUACAUAAUGUCAAAUACUUUCACAAUAAUAAGCCAGUUGCAGUUAUUUGAGAAAUUGAGGUCUAAAGGUGACACUUUUAUAUAGUGUGUUAAAGGUGAUGGUUUGUACAUCAUCAACUGGCUUUUAUGUUGCUUCUCGUAUAACAGAUAAAUGUAUUGUAUAUAAAAUAAAGACACAAAUCUGAAACCAUUGUUUGAUAAAGCCAAUAAUUUAUUUCCAUGAGCAAUCACAUAAAACCAUAAAUUACAACAAAAAUUAACAUCUACUGAAAACCAUAUUCAGAAGUACAAAUGGAGCAUGAGAUAAAUAGGCGACAGGAGAUAAUAAUGACUAAGAUAGAAAUUUCCUUUGGAUACAGAUAUACAGUUUGAUGGAUUUGGUUAGAAUUCAGUAUCUCAUUCUCAACAGAUUGCUCCUGCCAAUAAGUGCUGGGAUAAACAACGAAGAGAAAACUAAAAACAGAACUGGAGGUGGCUAUUUUUCACUCUACCGUUUUUAUACAAAACAUAACUAACUGCUAGUGAUUGUAUCUAAGCAGUUUCAGAGUGCAGACUGACAUUUUCACAUCCAUUAUUACGAGGAAACAUCGCCAUAUUAGGACAUUCCUAGGCAGGUACUCAAUCUAUUAAAGCCUUGCUACAGCAAAACCCAUUGAUUGAUGCUCUAAUUAAAACAAUAAUGGAUCAUAUUUGUAAAGUAGUUUUCAAUGUUAACCUUGGUUUCUGUAGCGCUAGAUGCAAUCAGGGAGGCGGCUAUGACUUUUCUGUUCACACUAAAUUCAAUAUGCUAACCUGUUCAAAUGUCUUACAAGACAUGUUACAAUAGUGACUGCAAGCUUUGAAGAGCAAACAUAUGGAGAAGACCAAUACAGAGUUCACAUACAAAGGACUUUUUUGAAUUACAACUCAUGAUACAGAAUUAUUUUUCAAAAUGCAACAACUAAGUAUGAACAGAAUGUAAUUCAAAUUCACCACAAGACUGAGUCUAUCUUUGUUCAAAGAAAAUGAAGCCGUGCAAGAGAUUGAACAAGUUUUGUAAUCUAUAGGUUUUUUUUUGCUUAAAUAGUGGACUGUUUCCAACUAAUCUAUGAGACUACAGGCUUUGGGAUUUCAUUCAGCUCAGUGAAUUCCCAAUGCCGUUCAUUCACAUUUGUAAAGAGAACUGGCAUUCACAGGUCGAAGCUAGCAAUAACACAAAGGAUAUGGGUGAACUCUGAAAUUAAUUUUAGGUCUGUGUUCUAAGCUCUUGAUUUACAACAUUUGAAAUUCCUGUGGUGUUAUUAGAUAGGAUUUAAAGAUUAGAAGUACAUCUGAUUCCAUUGACACUCUAAGAUUAUCUCAAGGGCUCUUCAGACUGACGAGAGGCAACAUUUGGAGUGUAUGGAGGGUGUGGGAAAGAAUGCAAACGCAGCGAUGAGAGUGACAAGGGAGACAAUAUUGAGGGAAAGAAAGCCUGAAAACAGGAGUCAAAUAUUAUGACCAUUGUGAUAGAAUCGGAAAAGGAAUUUUUAAAGGCAUUCAAAAAAGACCCAUAAAUAUAAGUAUAACCAUGCUACAAACAAAUGUCUAAAACAGCACACGAUGGAUAAAUCACAUAGGUAGUACCAAUCUUCAUUUCAUUUUUUCAGUUAUGUACAUCACAGUGAAAAAAGCAUUUGUAAUCAUUUAAUGUUAAGUAUGCGAGACCUUGUUAAUCCAGUAAAAUAGAUUGGGAAUGAUUGUGUUUUAUGUCUAUGAAAGAUUGCACAAAUGUAUAGUGACUGCUGGUUUUUCAUUGGAUUGUCACCUGUUUACCGGAACCAUGUCCUCAGUUUUUUCUGCUGAAUAAUGAAUUAAACAAAAUCAGGUUGUGCUGCUAUUCAGCAGCGAAUGCUCCAGAGAAUCUCAUUAUAACCUCACUUCUGGAGAGAGAUGCAGGUUUAUAUCAUUAGUUCGAUAACUUCUCAGAUCUCACCAACCAGAUUGUGUAGCAUGAUCACCUGUGGAAAGGCAAUGAAUUGUUUCUUCACUGCUGAGAUUCGGAGUACAUCCAAGAUAUUUUUCUUUUGAAGGGAACCUGAAAGUGACAUCCCUGCGGACUGCAGGAAAUCAGAGGUAAGCAAUGUCUAUCCAAUUGCAUUUGACUCGCCUCCCAAAACGUUUCUUUUGUUCAAGUGAAAUUAAUCCCAUGAUUUCACUAAUGUAUUGGCUUACUCAAUGGUUGGUGUCACUUCUGCAACACAUGGCCAAGCACAAAAUUAUCCAAUAGCCAAGGACAUAUAAUUCAGUUCUAAUGAAUACCUUGAUCAAUGAUCCUCUGCUUCUUCAAGAAAAAAAUCUUAUUCAUUAUAAUUAAGAAUUGAAAUGAUCAUGAAUAGGGAGCCAGUUUAUUACACUACAACCAUCAGGCUCCUCAGCCGGUAUGGAUAACUUCACUCAGUGGAGUUAUCAUGAAUAGGGAGGUUAUUUUAUUACCCUACAAUUAUCAGCCUCCUGAACCAGCAUGGAUAACUUCACUCAGCUCAACUCUGAACUGAUUCCACAUCCUGCAGACUCACUUUCAAGGACUCCACAACUCAUGUUCUCUGCAUUAUUUAUUGAUUUAUUUUUAAUUUACAUAAUUUGUCUUUUGCACAUUGGUUGUUUGUCAAUCUUUGUUCAUAUUUCUCAUAAAUGCUAUUGUAACUCUUUAUCUUCCUGUGUAUGCCUGCAAUAAAAUUAAUCUCAAGGUAUUAUUUGUACAAAUAUGUACUAUACUUUGAUAAUAAAUUUACUUUGAGUUUGGCAAGGUUGAUAUCUUGUUGGUCUCCCAUCCAAAAUGGUUCUCGCCCAGAACACCUGUGCCAUCAGGUGAAGUUGAGUACUAUAAUCAGGAAAAGAAAUCUAGCAUGAAAUGAAUGAUUGAUGGCCAAUGUUUGUGAGCAAACAUUUUGAAUGGGGAAAGGACAGUGGAUUAAUCUUGUGCACAACAACGAGAGCAGGGAAGACAUUUCCAGAACGGAAAUAAUCAGCUCCAACAAGGAGCCUUUAACUCUAUUUUCUUUUGUUAUUUUCCAUCCAUUGAUGAAAAUGUUAGUUGCCCCUGAAAUAGUAAUGCUUUCACUCCUGUAUAAAACAUCUUUACUCCUCAUGUAUUGACACCUCAACCACAGUAAGCAAUAGCGAUCCCAAUAAAGCCGGCAUGUUUAGAUAAAUAUUUACUUGACAUUUUGUUUGCUUGCAAUGUGUUCCUUUUUGGAAGCUUUAAUUUCCAAAGAUCAUUUGAACUGGUAAUUCCCUUUCUAGCACUGUAUUUUAGGGAAUGUCUUUCCAAGUUUUUUUUUAGGAUGGUGUUGACCUCUUUAAUUUUUUGGUGCUGAUUCUAUAAAAGUGGCAAUAUUAAUUCACCUGUCUCUCCUAUUUUCCCAUUGAAACUGAAAAUCCGGAGAGGUGUUUAUUGUGGCCAAGUUGAUGUUGCCAAUUUUGUAUCUCUGCUCAAAGUUAAAAUUAUCUCUACUGGAUAGGAGGAAAUACUACAUCAAACUUUGUUCAGGACUCUCAGGCCUGGUGAGCUUUAGUCAUUUUUUUUACAUACUAUUUUCUUAUAGUUAUGUUUGGCUAGUUCCACUUAAUGAUGAACUCAUUUCAGAGUGGAAUUUGGGUUUCAUGAAGGAUUAGUCCAAACGGGUGCUAGAUGAAAGGUCUGAAUCAUUCAAUAACUUCAGAACAUCUACAUCAACCACUGUCACAGGAAAGCAGCGUCCAUCAUCAGAGAUCCCCAGCACCCAGGUCAUACUCUCUUCUCGCUGCUACCAUCAGAUAGAAGGUACAAGAGCCCAAGGGCUCGCACCACUAAGUUAAAAAUCAGUUACUACCCCUCAACAUCAGUGUCUUGAAUAAAAGGGGAUAACUACACUCUCUUGCCCCAUCAUUAAAAUGUUCCUACAACCAAUGAUCUCACUCUAAGGAUUGUUUAUCUUAUUAUCUCAUGUUCUUAUUAAUUUUUUUGCUAUUUAUCUAAAUUUGCAUUUGCACAAUUUGUUGUCUUCUGCACUCUGGUUGAUCUGUCAUUGCUCCCGUUAUAGUUACUAUUCUAUUGAUUUGCUCAGAAUACCCACAGGGAAAUUAAUCUCAGGGUUGUAUAUGGUGACAUAGAUUUAUUUUGAUAAUAAAAUUUACUUUGAACUUUGAAAAGUUAUUGAACUAUACCAACCUUGGCACCUUUCCUGCUUUAAAAAAAUCAAUUCAUAAUUAAAACAUUAGUUUCUCCACAGUCUAGUUGUCUGAAGGAAACAAUACUUGGAUAGAUAGCAAAUAUAAGAUACUGAUUAAUUUACUAGUCAGAAUGAAUAAUUGGUUUUCAGAUCAACAGAAGCAGCGAUCCCACAUUAAAAUAUUUCCAUCUAUGAAAUAUCACCCUGCCAUUGUUCUUACAGUAGUUCUGUGCCCAGUUACUAUUACUUGCAAUGAUCUGCUUCUGAACAGUGGGUUAUGGACAAUGCAGAGGAACAGGCAGAGAGGCCAAUUUGAGUGACCAUAUCAGUUCCUCCAGCUCCUCAGCACUAAGCUGGCACAAGACUCAUCACACUCCUCUUUAAAUUUUACAGUCCAUAUGCUGCACUUUAGUGCAGAUAAAAUUAUGUUGCCAUGGCAAUGGAAGUAACAGUGACAUCAAACCCAUGGAUUUAAACACCAUGGGAGAAUGUACCUAGAAAUAGAAACUCAAGCCAACUACCCCUCAAAACAAAGUCACUUCAUCCCAUCCUGACUGUAAGAUGGAUAAGCUUACGCAAAGGCAGACCGUAUAUUAAUCUUUCAAGCCCACUUUCAAGAAGAAGCGAUUAAGAAGACAAGAGUCAAACUGGUCCAAAAUUCAGCAAGCACAAUUUAGGGAGCAUAAGCCUUCAACAUUCACUCAGUGGGAACUAUGUCAGAUACACCUGCACACCUGCUCAUUAAUGCCAAUAUCUAAUCCGCCGAUCAUGUGGCAGCAACUCAUUGCAUAAAAACAUGUCGACAUGUUCAAGGGGCUCAUUUAUUGUUCCCACCAAACAUAGAGUGGGAAGAAAUGUAUCCAAGUGACUUUGUUACACUGCGAUUAGGAAAGUCUAGCAUACAGGCAGAGGCCAGAGAGCAAGGCCACAGAGAUAAGGACAACAAAAAAGUGGUCACGGACGGCUAAGUGGCUGCAAGAUUGCUUCGAGUUGGUAGAUUGGGUUGUGUUCAAGGAUUCAGAGGAUCUGAAUGAGUACGCCACGGUUAUCACAGACUUUAUUAAAGCAGUUGUAGAUGAGUGUGACCCCACAAAAUUGUUCAGUCUUCCCUUACUAGAAGCCCUGGAUGAACCAUGAGAUUAAUGGCACUCAGGCCUGGUGACUAAGUUAAAUAGAAGAGGUCCAGGUAUGAUCUAUGGGCAAAGUGGCAGUUCCAGACCAAACUUGAAUGCUAUCACCUCCUAAAAAGUGAAACCAAGCAACAUAGGUGGCAUCACCUGCUGAUGAGCCCAAUCUCUUAUAUGCUCACCUUCACCAUCAAAACAUGGAGGAAGCUUCAUGAACUCCCACAGCCUCCAUUGAUUUCAGUCCCUGAGCCUGAUGUGAGAACAUCCUUCAAGAGUGUGAUCCUGUGAAAAGACCCGGCCCAGACGGGUUACCUGCCCAUAUACUAAAGACUGUGCUGAUCAACAGGUUGCAGUGUAAACUGACAUUUUUAAUCUCUUGCUUCAGGAAUCUGAGAUGCCCAAUUGCUUCAGAAAGGGUUUAAUUACACCGGUACCUAAGAAGAGCACGGUAACCUGCAUCAAUGACUAUCAUCCAGUAGUACUUACAUCUACUGUGAUGAAGUGCUUUGAGACGUAGGUGAUGAAACACAUCAACUCCUGCUCAAGAGGUGAUUUGGGUCCAGUUUGCCUAUUGGCACAACAGAAUCACAGCAGAUGCCAUUUAAUAGGAUCUUCACUCAAUCUGGAACAUCUGGACAGAGAAGAUGCAUGCAUCAGGAUGCUCUACAUUGAUGACAGCUUCAAUGAGCCUCAAAUGCUAGGCCUCGAUGCUUCCUCGUGCAGCUGGAUUCUUGAUUUCCUCACUUGCAGACCCCAGUCAAUUUGGAUCAUCUUCUCCACAAACUUCCUCAACACAGACACACUACAAGGCUGUGUGCUUAGCCCUUUGUUCUACUCACUUUAUAAUAAUAACUGUGAGGCUAAGCACAUCUCCAAUUCCAGAUUUAAGUAUGCUGACAACACCACUAAUGAAAAGUUGUGAUGAAUCAGCAUACAGGAGGGAAAUUAAAAAUCUGGCUGAGUGGUAGCGCAACAACAACCUCUCAAUGGCAGGAAGACCAAGGGGCUGACUUCAGGAGGAGGAAACUGGAGGUACAUGAGACAGUCAUCUUUGGAGGAUCAUGGUCAGCAAAUUUAAAUUCCUCAGUGCUAUCAUUUCAGAGGAUCUGUCCUGAGUCCAGCACGUAAGUGUCACUAUGAAGAAAACACAGCAGCGCCUCUACUUUCUUAGACGAUUACCAGCAUAUCAUUUAAGACUUUGGCAAACUUCUAUAGAUAUAUGGUGGAGAAUUUAUUGACCGGUUGCAUCAUGGCCUGAAAUGGAAACACUAAUGUCCUUGUAUAGAAAAUCCUGCAAAAAAAUAGUGGAUUCGGCCCAGUCCAUCACGGAUAAAGCCUUCCCCAACACUGAGCACAUCUACAAGGAGCACUGUUGAAUGGAAACAGCAUCCAUUAUGAAGAACACCCCCACUCCAGGCUAUACUCUAUUCUCACCGCUACCAUCAGGAAGAAGAUACAAGAGCCUCAGGACCCACACCACCAGUUUUAGGAACAGUUUUUAAUCCUCAAUAAUCAGGUUCUUGAAGGAGAGGGGAUAAUGUUACUUGACUUCACUCACUACAAUGCUGAACUGUUGCGACUGAACUAGACUUACUUUCAAGGACUCUUCAUCUCAUGUUCUCAAUAUUUCUUGCUUACUUAUUUCUUUUUUUUUCUCUUUGCUUUUGUAUUUGUAGUUUGUUGUUUUUUUCAUUGGUUAUCGUUCACCCUUUUGGGUAUGGUCAUUCAUUGAUUCUACUGUGAGUAUUGUGAUUGCCCACAAGAAAAUGAACCUCAGAGUAGUACAUGGUGUAUGUAAAUUUCAUUGAACAAUUAUUGGUGCCAGAUGGGGUGAUUUGAGUAUCUCAGGAAUUGCCGAUUUCCUGGAAUUUUCACACACAACAUUCUCUAGAGUUUACAGAGAAUGGUGCAAAAAAAAACAAAACAAAAAAAAAAUCCAGUGAUUAGCAGUUCUGUGGGUGAAAAUGCCUUGUUAAUGAAAGAGGUCAGAGGAGAAUGGCCAGACUGGUUCAAGCUGACGGGAAGGCGACAGUAACUCAAAUAACCCAGUGGUGUGCAGAAGAGCACCUUGGAACGCAGAACAUGUCAAACCUUGAAGUGGACGGGCUACAGCAGCAGAAGACCACAAACAUACACUCACUGGCCGCUUUAUUAAGUACAAGAGGUAACUGGGUGUAUCCUCCUGUGUACUUUUUGGUACAGUAUAAUGCACCAAAAUAAAUUUAUAUAUACAUAUAAAAUUUAUACAUAUAAAAUUUGUAUAAAAUUCUAAAGGGAUUCUAAAGGAUUGGACAGGCUAGAUGCAGGAAGAUUGUUUCCGAUGUUGGGGAAGUCCAGAACGAGGGGUCACAGUUUAACGAUAAUGGGGAAGCCUCUUAGGACCGAGAUGAGGAAAAACUUCUUCACACAGAGAGUGGUGAAUCUGUGGAAUUCUCUGCCACAGGAAACAGUUGAGGCCGGUUCAUUGGCUAUAUUUAAGAGGAAGUUAGAUAUGGCCAUUGUGGCUAAAGGGAUCGGGGGUAUGGAGAGAAAGCAGGUACAGGGUUCUGAGUUGGAUGAUCAGCCAUGAUCAUACCGAAUGUCCGUGCAGGCUCGAAGGGCCAAAUGGUCUACUCCUGCACCUAUUUUCUAAGUUUCUAUGUAAAUCACAUGAGUGAUAAGCAAUGAAAUACUGCAAUAAAAAUGGGCGCAGAGACCCUUGGGUUUCCUUUAACUCCUCGGUUCCCUUGCUGCCUGAUAUUUACCCCACUGCAACUGCCCAGUGCAGAACCUGAUGAGAAGUUCAGCACAAUAAUGAGGACAAAUAUCUCCCGAUACAUCAGGAUCUCAUCAUCACCUCUCACCAGCAUUUGUGACACAGAAGCCCGCUGGACCAGUAACUUGACCGGAAACCUAGGAUUUAAGCUCUAGUCUAAAUGACGUUUGGAAAACUAAUUGGAAUUCACAAGUCAUGUGGUUCCCCAAGGUGGUCAGAAUGAUACCACUCAUGUAUCUGAUAAAUCGUGGAAGAUGACAUGCCUGAUGCACAGGUGGAAACUAACCACUUUCAUUUGUGUGACGCAGUCCGUCCAAAACAAACAGGAGAAGCUGUAAAAUAGAGGAAGCAAUUCACAGAAGUAAUGAGGUAUGAUAACAGUCCACUCCAUAUGACCCCAGCCAAAGCUCCAGCUUGACCACUGAGCUGUAAAAUUACACUCAACAUUCAAACGAAAGUUAUCAGGCUCCUGAUGGCAUGAUCCCUGCAGACAAGGCAAUCCAAUGCCAAUAGCUUGUAAUUAUCACUUCUAAAGAGAUGGAGGGGCUCAGGAAAGAAAUUAGACAGUCUGCCAAUACAUUUUCCUGUUUACUCGGUCUGCUGAGUAAAAACACCCUCUCCCUAAUAAAGUGAACUGAUUCCACAAUCUAUCAAGUAAAUUUCAAGGCCUCUCUAGCUCCUGAAGCCCUUGACCCUGUCUGUAUGCUUUUAAGCAUUGUGUUGCUGUCACGUGAUUGGCUCAUGACUACUAUCAGAGAGGAGGUAUAAGAACCUGAAAACACACACUCAAUAUUUUAGGAACAGCUUCUUCCCUUCUGCCAUCAGAUUUCUAAAUGGACAAUGAACCCAUGAACACUACUUCAUUAUUUUUGCUCUCUUUUUGCAUUAUUUAUUUAAUCUAUUAUAUACUUAAAUCAAUUUCUUUUUCUAAUUUAUAGUUAUUUUUAUGUAUUUCACUGUACUGCUGCUGCAAAACAACAAAUUUCACCACAUACAAUAUGUCAGUUAUAUUACAGCUGAUUGUAAUUCUGGUUUGGAUACGACUGCAUUUAAUGUAUGAAAGCCAUCUGAUCAGGAGGAGCCGUGGUGGAAAUCAUUCAUUAAUUGUGAUUUUGAAAGGAUCAUUGCUGAUCAAGUGUUGAUACCCUAUGCGCUCCAUUUUGUAAUAAAUAGUAGCAAACUGCAAACCACUAUCCAUUGCGCCCUAGUUGAAAUAUCCCACAGUCAACCCUCAUCAAGACAGUUAAUUUGAUGAUUACCAUGCAGGCAUUGUGAGUGCUCUGUUGAGUGCCUUAGAACAUCCUGAAAAAAUUAACACAAAAUGCUGGAAGAACUCAGCAGGUCAGGCAGCAUCUAUGGAGAGGAAUCAACAGUCAAUAUUUUGGGCUAAGAUCCUUCAUCAGGACUGGAUACGAAGCCAGAAUAAGAAAGAAGGUGGGCCUUGGGAGAAGGGGUUCCUAUUCUCCCAAUGGUCCACUCUCUUCCCCUAUCAGAUACCCUUCUUCUACAGCCCUUUGCUUUUUUUCACCUAUCAUCCCUCAGCUUCUCACUCCAACCCUUGCCCCACCCACCUUCCCCCUCAUCUGGCUUCAACUAUCACCUGCCAGCUCAUAUUCCAUCCCCUUUCUCCACCUUCUUAUUCUUUUCCAGUUCUGAUGAAGGGUCUCAGCCCGAAACAUCGACUCUUUAUUCCUCGCCAUAGAUGCAGCCUGAACUGCUGAGUUCCUUCAGUAUUUUGUGUUUAUCCCUCUGUAUUUCCAGCAUCUGUGCUACUUCUCCUGAGGUUGGGAAUGCUGCUAUAUGUAAAUGCAUGUCUUUCUGUUUAUAUCUAACUGAAAUACUCCAAAUUAUCAGUAUCUAUUCUCCAUUGCAUUUCAAUGCAUUGUUAGAUCAAAAUCUAUGGUAACUAGUUGCAUUGCUUAGCUUUACCAAUUGUUUAUGACCUGAACACUUAAAUUUGAAAAAAAAGUGCUGUACAGCUUUCUAUAACACUGUCUUGUCAGUGGCAGAUGACCAUUUGACUGAGGCACGAUUCAUUGUCUUCCUUUCUGUUGUAAAAAUGAAUCACUGUGAACUAAUUUCCAUUCUCACCAGGUCAAAACCAUGCACAUUCUAUGACAUGAAGUGUUAGCAAUUCAGAAAAUUGCAACAGUAUUGCAGGAAUGAGAUUGCCUCCACACAUCUAGAAAUCAGGAAUGUAUUAAUAUACACUUAGAAAGCACUGGUUUCUUCAAUGAUAUUAAGGAAACACAAAUCAUCAUUAAGACUUGACCUUGUUUCAAACAGUGUGCAAAUUAAUAAUGCUUUAACACAGAUACUGAAGUUUCCCACAGCCCACGCACCAAUAAUUACAUGCGGUCUCAAGGCCAAAUUAACCUAUCUGUUUUAAUAAAGUUCUCUGAGAAAUAAUCAAUAUCCACAAUAUUGUUUUGGUUUUAACACAAUUCUAUCAAAGAUACAGAUCUGAUUGGGACAAUUAUUCCCUGGUUUUUGAAAUACUGCUGACUUAGUUACAUUUUUUAAAAAUAUAUUUUCCAACAGCCUUUGCAAGGGAAAACUACACUGAUGAUUUUUAAUUUUUGCAUUUACCUAAUGGUCUCAGUGUGAUACCAUGAAAAUUAGACUACUAGAUGAUUAGACAAAUGGACUUACACCAUAGAGGGAAGGGGCUGGAUUAGUCCCCAUAGGCGUUUCUCCCAAAAGAGCUUCUUUAUAGAUGCUACUGCAUUCAAUUAUUAUUUCCAGCAUUCUCUGUUCUUUUACCCCAACACACACCAUUUCCAAUGUUACUACUCUGUUGGUAUGUGCUCAACACAUAUCAACAUGGGUGGAGUUUCUAAUUACUGACUGCACUUUUUCAAACCUUAUAAAUGUCACUGGCUUCAGAAUGAUUCCUGUUAAAUUAAGGUAAGAUUUCAAAGUGCUUGACAAUGGAUUUAAGAAACUCAACUGGAACAUUUUCCAAUAAGCUUUGCAGAGGAGCUGGGAGGAAAAAUUCAGUUCAACAUUAAUUGUUGGAGCAAUGAAUUCUGUCGUAGUACCAGGGAUAAAAGUUGCAUAUCUUUAUAAGAAAUGUUAAUCAUACCAUUAGUUCAAUAAAGUAUUCAAUGCAUUCCUCAGGCAUCAACUAUGGAAAUGCAAGUGUUCAAGUCAGACAUUGGCCUUUUUUUUCCUUUUGUUGGCACAAUGUCAGCCAUUUGAUGAGCUUUAGAUAAAGAAGCCUGGGUUAUUCUUCAUCUUUCUUCGGUUAGGUGGAAAUCAGAAAGGAAGAAAGCGUGAAAGGUGAUAAUACUUAAGGUGAACUUGAGGCGGGGAGCUCUUCACUCAGUGGGUGAUGAGACUAUGAAAUGAGCUGCCAGCAGAGGUGGUUGAUGUGGGUUCGAUUUUAACUCUUAGGAGAAGUUUGGAUAGGUAUGUGGGCAGAAGAGCUAUGGAGCACUAUGAUCCACGGGACAAGGAAGAAUAAUAGUUCGGUACAGAGCAGAUGUGCUGAUGUGCUCUGUGAAUUUAUUUGUUUAAGCAUGUUUUACCUUCAUAAAAAACACUCCCGACACACAGAGCCGCAUCAGGUAAGUUCCAAAGAGAGAGAUCACCAGCUCAUGAGACGAUCAAUAGAGGUAGAAUUAAAAUUCCUUACCCCGAAAAUGAUCUUUGGAUAGGGUAGUGCCAAAGCUUGCCAGCUACAUUAUGAAAAGAUUACCAUUUAUUUUCAUCUGCAGUUACACCAAGAAGAGCCUUUCAGAAUUCAAUGGUUUCUGCAGUGUUUAGUUUAUGGACAACCCCCAAGAAAGAACCUUGAGCAUUGAGCAUUACCUCUGCAGAUUCUCAGCUCUCAGAAUCUCUUUGGAUGUUGAUGAAUUUAUUCUUAAGUUCUGAGGCUUUGGUCACAUUGUGUUCCAGACACACUAGUGUCUUUUGUAUUUGCUGAAGCUGAAAUAGCCAUGGCUCCCCAAGAAGGAACACGAGUUACCCUCAUAACACUUUUACCUCGUCCUUCCAAAGAUGAUUAUCAACUUUCACUGGCUCAUGCAAGUUAACUGAUACAACUUAGGCAAAUGGCAAUCACUCCAUUGUUUUCUGUUAUGAUGAUAAAAUCAGAGGACUGCUGGCAGAUGUUUUCAACUUUGACAAAAACAGCAGGUUGCAUUUUUGUACACUGGCUGAUAUAAAAAUUAUCCAAGGAGCUUAACACGUGUAUUAACAAGUAUAUCAUAUUGAUCCCAGAUAAGCAACGUUAGGGAAAGUGAACAAAGAAUUAGUUAUAAAAUGCAUUUUAAUUAAAAUAGCCUUAGCAAAAAAGGAGAGUGAGGAAAGCAAACUAAGGACAGUGAGAGAAAUAAACCAUCCAAAGGGACGGCAGAAAAAUCUAUUAGACUUCUCUUGCUAUCAUGACAAAAAGUAAUAGAGAGCUACAACAUGGAAACAGGCCUUUCUGCUCACCCGGGACCAUGCUGGCCAUCAGAUCAGCAACAAUCCUACCCUAGUCCAACCCACAUCUCCCAAAUUCUAUCACUCAUCUACACAUUAAGGUCAACUCGCUAUGGAAAAUCAACCUGCAACCUGUCCAUCUUUAGGAUAGGGAAAGAAUCUGAUGCAUUGCGAGAAAAGACUCAGUGAUGUGCAGUUUCUGUACCCAGUCUGGUCUGCUUUCAUCUCCAUUUCUGUUGUUUAGGCCACUUCCGUUCUUCUUGCUUAGUUGUUUUGAUGACUUCAUGAUGCUGAAACUGGACUCUCAAACUUAUAGACAUCAGGACUCCAACAACCAGUCUCAGGCCAAGACUCAUCCCCUAACUCUGGACUCACCAGCCUCUGGACUUUGACCAUUGACCUUGCCUACCUCUGGGAAUCAAUACCAUGACUUUUCAAUCACACAUUUAACCAUUGGGCCUUUUUCAUCUGACCCCUAGGAUUGUCAAUCUUUGAACACAGAGCACCUUGGGUUUUAGGUUCCAGACUUGUACGGACUUCCGAUCCUGAUGGCCCUGACUCUUUAU